GGCAUAUCCUAGACUCAAAGACGCGAAUAUCAAUUUGGAUAAAUACCCGGAACUUUAUUAUCAGCUUGUCAAAAUAAUGCGAAUAAUGUAUCAAACGUGUCAUUUGGUGCACGCAGAUUUAAGUGAAUACAAUAUUUUAUAUCAUUCACGAAAACUCUACAUUAUUGAUGUUUCACAAUCGAUUGAACAUGAUCAUCCGCACUCUCUUGAGUUCUUACGUAAAGAUUGCGCGAAUGUGACCGACUAUUUCAAGAAGAAAGGAGUCCGAACAAUGAGUGUUCGCGAAUUAUUUGAUUUUAUUACGGAUUUGGAUAUUGGUGUGGAAGAGGAUGCGAUGAACGCGGAGUUGGAUAAAAUUAAAGAACGGUUAUCAAAUGAGAAUUACUUGCAAAAUGAAGAUCAAGAUUAUUCGGUGGAAGAAGCAGUUUUUAAACAAGCUUAUAUUCCCCGCACGUUAGAUGAGGUUAUUGACGCGGAAAGAGAUGUUCAGAAACUCAUGGAGGGCGAGGGUGAUGAAGAAAAUCAAGACGAUGAACGAGAUGAAGAACAAGAAGACGGUUCUUCUGAAAGUGAAGAACAGGAUGAGGAUGAUUCUAAAGAGGAAGAGGAUAAAACAGGCGACAAAGAUAUUUUUGCGAAAACACCUCGGGGAAAGCGGAAUGAGGAUAAGGAGGCUAAAAAAGAGCGAAAAAAAAUAGCAAAAGACGAAACACGCGAAAAGCGUAAAAAUAAAAUACCUAAAGCUGUUAAAAAACGUAAAGUAAAAACUACCUCAGGAAAAAAGAAAGCAAAAUAA